CAUUGUAUAACAAUAAACUGACGUGGGGCUUGAAUUUAUUGUUACUUUUCGAUCACUCAUUACUUUUAACCAAAAGCGAUAAGUUGAUGAAUGGACUGGGUCUGACAGAAAACUCGGCUUACUGAGAUGUUCCUAUAAAGUCGCGUGCCACGUCACAUCGGCAAGUUCUUCGCCCACGAGUCACCACCGUAUAAGGUAGAAACGCCAACUGACCGUAACACUGAGUCAUCCUUCUCCGCCAAUGUUGCGUACCAAGUUUGUUUAACUAAUUGUUAGCACGUUAGCUUUCCAUUCAGUAAAGCCACAUUAGAACAUCAUGGAUUCUCCUUCAGCCAGUAACCAACUUGAAGAUAAUCCUACAUCAUGCGAGAGUCCUUACACCAAUGAUAAUAGUGCAUCGCCGGUGUCGUCGGUGAGUGAGCCACUAACAACGUUGACUAAUUUCAGUUCCACGGUCGUGCCAGAUUAUGCCAAUAAUAUGAACUAUAAUGCAACCGAACAACAGAUAGUAAGUGAUGUACAGUACAGUUAUGUUCCGACGACUGAAUGUUACCAGUCUUACAGUCGAGCAAAUACAAUGGACACCGGUCUUUUGUCGACAUGGCCAGCUCCGAAUCAUCCAUCCAACACAUCUAUGAAUGUAACGAUGCAGGGAAUGCCUAUUGAUGUAAACAUGAUUCCCUCAACUUCCACAUUUAUGUCGACAAGACCAGCGUUCAUGGAUAUCGCACCUCAGCAAUAUCACCAUUUUCAGCACCAUAAUCAACCACAAACCCAACUUUCCAAACCCAAACGGAGGAGGGUGGCUACCGUUGCACAGAGACGAGCGGCGAACAUACGUGAAAGGAAACGUAUGUUCAACCUGAACGAAGCGUUUGACGAGUUGAGGAAAAGGGUGCCGACUUUCGCCUACGAAAAGCGACUCUCACGUAUUGAAACCUUGAGACUGGCCAUAGUUUAUAUCGCAUUUAUGGGGGACAUCGUCAGCGGGAAAGAUGAAAAAGACGUUAAACUGAUGCAGAUCAAGACAAAUUUUAACCAGCUGAAGAAAUUGGUACUGGGACCAUCUUCUCACCAUGCGUCCACGGGAAUGGUCAUGUCUAUUGGCCAAUCUCUGCCAUGUAGCGAGUUUCUUGCAGAUUAACAUUUUUUCUAAAUAUCGUUGUUUUUAUUACGCGCUUUUCACCAAUACCUGCGUAUUGUAUGACGUUUAAUCCUUUGCUUGGACACAUUUCGUGCCAACUCAACUGGCCAUGCCGGUAAGUCCCCGGCCAGUGCCACAAUAUGCGCACCAGUCAUUAAGCCAUUUAUAUUCUAAAUAUUUCAUAUCAUCAUUGCUUUUUGUUUUCAUGUCUUCUUCAUUCUGUAUUUAUUAUUUCGUUUACGAACUCUGAUCUUGAGAAUGUCUCUUAAGAAAACGUCUGGUUCCUAGCACACGAUGUGAAAACAGGUGUGGCGUUGGUAACUUGACUGUUGCCGAGAGCUACAGAUCCCGUUAUUUUUGGAAUGCCGACUGACUGCUACAAGUCAAGCAUGCAUCAUUACAAUCAUCAUAACAUCGUAUACGGUGCAUAGAUAUAAUAAGUUCACAUUGGUAAGAGUUUAAACUCUUCGUGUUUUCAAUCGUCUAUAACUACCUCCACGAUUGGUGUCAGCCAGUACAGAAUCAACGGGGUUCUCACAAGUUUUUCUACAAUAGUAAAAAAAUCGAGUUUCUUCAAGUUCAUAUGUAUUUU